GGUGAGGAAAUAAGUCUAAUCUGUCCGCGGAUGUAAAGGGUCUGGCCUCGCUUAGACCUGGACAGGAUUUCUUCGGAGGUUGUAAUCUUGGCUCGGUUGAUGAUAAGUUUGUUUUGUUUUUUUCUUCCCUAAAGGAGCGGGCAGAGGCGGCGCUCACAGUGAUAACUACCGCUGUUGCUGCUGCUGCUGCUGCCGCCACAUACGUGAGUGUCACUGCCAGAGGAUGUCUGCGCCACGUUUUUAGAUUUUCAUCAGACCCGGUAACACAGCACUGUUCAAAAUUGCACUACAAUGUCUGCUGUGGCUUCUCUGCAGUAAGCACACCAAGGUUAUGCUGCCCAAAAGCUGCCUCAGUCCCAGUGAGAAAGAGAAGGGCUAACAGCACACUCUGAAGCAGCUCUCCAGUCUACAUAAUAGUACGGAGCCAUGAGCAACACUCCCAACCAGAUCACUGACGCCGUGACAUCAGUUAUUCAUAGUCCAGAGGGUUCGAGUGCCUCAUCGCCACACGGGACACCUCGUGGAGAGGAGGAGGAUGAUGGGGACUUAAACAAAGCUCUUGGGGUCCAGCGCUUCCAGCAGAUCCUCUCCCCGGCUGCAGCUGUUCCAGAUGAGCAGCAUCACAUCUACCACGAGGAGGACAUUGAAUACCACCGUCACUCCUCACACCACAUUCACCGACCUCUGUCCAAACUGCCCUCCGAAGCACGCAGGCGGAAGAGUGGGAAGAAGAAAAAGAAGGACAAGGAUCACAAGAGCAGCCAUGUUCCUUGCAGCGGCCUCACUGAGGAGGGAGAGGAUGAGGAGGAGGAAGAGGAGACUGAGGAGACCACCUCUGCCCCUCCAGAGGCAGAGAAAGUUAAAGAUGUGGAGUUCUUUGUUUCAGAUGAAGACCAAGCAGCCAAAAAUAUUAAAGGGAUCCUGUCAUCUCGUCAGCUGAACAUUGUACCACAGGCUGCUGUGACUGAUGAUGGCACAUAUACAUCCUCAACAGAUAAGCCCGGCUCCCCUGAGCUCUCCAGUCCAUCCCCUCAGUCGGGCCCAGAGCACAUUCCUCUGACCCGACUGUCCAGUCGCGGCUACGACCUGCAGGAGCGCCGACGCACAGGAAACAUGACGGGGGCUGAGCAGGCCAAGUACCAGCGCAUCCCCACGGACGAGAGCGAGGCUCAGACUCUGGCCUCGGCUGACCUGGACGGCAUUAAAAGUCACAGAUUUGAAGAUGUUCCUGGUGUGCGCAGACACUUGGUCAGAAAGAGCACCAAGGGCCAGGUGGUGCAUAUGGGCAAAGACCACAAAGAGCCCAGCACACGGCCCCGAAAGCAGGAUCGCACCCCCCAUGAGGUGUUUGUGGAGCUGAAUGAACUGACCAUGGAUAAGAAUCAAGAAAUGCAAUGGAAGGAGACAGCUCGAUGGAUCAAAUUUGAGGAGGAUGUGGAAGAGGAGACAGACCGCUGGGGCAAACCUCAUGUUGCUUCACUGUCUUUCCGAAGUUUGUUGGAGCUCAGAAAAACCAUUUCACAUGGUGCUGUACUGCUGGACUUGGAUCAGAAGACACUCCCUGGCAUUGCCCACCAGGUUGUGGAGAAGAUGAUCAUCUCAGACCAGAUCAAAGCUGAAGAUCGUGCCAAUGUCCUCAGAGCACUGCUCCUUAAACACAGUCACCCGAGCGAUGAGAAGGAGCAUAGUAGCCCUUUCCCCAGGAACAUCUCAGCUGCCAGCCUGGGCAGCCUGAUCCCCCACCACCACAGCACCAACCACAUCCACCAGACCGAGCCUUCGGUCACAGAGCCCCUCAUGGGCACUGGAAACUCUGCAGGUCAUGACCCACACAUCGACAUGGAGAAGAAUGAGGUGCAGAAGGAGCCCAUCCUGAUUUCUGGAAUGCAUCGCUCCAAGUCAAAGCAUGAGCUGAAACUGCUUGAGAAGAUCCCUGAAAAUGCAGAGGCCACAGUGGUCCUUGUAGGUUCGGUGGACUUCUUGGAGCAGCCCACCAUGGCGUUCGUGCGGCUACAGGAGGCCGUUUUACUGGAGUCUGUGCUGGAGGUCCCUGUCCCUGUGCGGUUCCUCUUUGUUCUACUGGGACCCCCCACCACCAGCAUGGACUACCACCAGAUUGGACGCUCCAUCUCCACACUCAUGUCCGACAAGCAAUUCCACGAGGCUGCGUACCUGGCUGAUGACAGACAGGACCUGCUCAAUGCCAUCAACAGUUUCCUGGACUGCAGUAUCGUCCUACCUCCCUCAGAGAUGGGUGGGGAUGAACUGCUGCGCUCUGUGGCCCGAUUCCAACAGGAGAUGCUGCGCAAAAGGGAAGAGCAGGAGACCAAACUACUGAAGGAGCCCAAGAGCUUUGAAGACAAAGAGGCUCUCCUAACUCCCUUUCAGCAACCCGAUGACCCUCUCAAAAGGACGCGGCGGCCCUUUGGAGGACUUGUUCGUGAUGUGAAGAACCGUUACCCAAAGUACCUGAGUGACUUCAAGGAUGCCCUGAGCAGUCAAUGCAUGGCUGCUGUUAUCUUCAUCUAUUUUGCUGCGCUCUCUCCAGCCAUAACAUUCGGAGGACUACUCGAAGAGAAAACUGAGGGUCUCAUUGGUGUUUCUGAGCUUAUUGUGUCUACAUCAGUGCAGGGGAUUAUCUUCUCUUUACUUGGAGCGCAGCCUUUGUUGGUUGUCGGCUUCUCUGGACCAAUCCUAGUUUUUGAAGAAGCCUUUUAUACAUUCUGCAACGGAAACAAUAUAGAGUACCUGACUGGUCGUGUGUGGAUCGGCUUCUGGCUCAUUGUCAUAGUAACAGUGACAGUGGCAUUUGAGGGCAGUUUUCUUGUUCGCUUUGUUUCACGCUUCACUCAAGAGAUAUUCUCCUUCCUCAUCUCUCUCAUCUUCAUCUGCGAGACUUUCUUCAAGCUGGUUAAGAUAUUCAAAGAGAACCCUCUAAAACGCUGCUCCCUGGACAAUAUCACAGAGGGAAAUGUGUCUGUGGUAAACCUCACCUCCAUACAAACCAACAACACAGAGCCAGUGAUCGUCAAAGUCUCAGGGGAGCCAAACACAGCCCUGCUGUCCCUGGUACUAAUGGCCGGAACUUUCUUUAUUGCUUUCUACCUGCGGAAGUUCAAGAAUAGCGCCUUUUUCCCUGGACGGCUUCGCAGAGUUAUUGGAGAUUUUGGUGUUCCAAUAGCCAUUCUCAUCAUGGUAUUGGUGGAUUACUUCAUAGAAGAUACAUACACUCAAAAAUUAAGUGUGCCCAGUGGCUUCUCAGUGACCAGUCAAUCUAAGCGUGGCUGGUUCAUUAACCCUUUAGGCUCUGACGGCCUCUUUCCGGUCUGGAUGAUGUUUGCCUCUUGUCUGCCUGCUCUGCUUGUUUUCAUCCUCAUCUUCAUGGAGACUCAGAUCACCACCCUUAUCGUGAGUAAGAAGGAGCGCAUGCUGGUGAAGGGCUCUGGCUUCCACUUGGACCUGCUGCUGAUUGUAGUGCUCGGAGGGACGGCAGCUCUGUUCGGUCUGCCCUGGAUGCCUGCGGCAACAGUACGAUCUGUUACACAUGUGAACGCCCUGACAGUGAUGAGUAAAGCUGUGGCCCCCGGAGACAAGCCCCGCAUUCAGGAGGUCAAAGAGCAGAGGGUCACUGGCCUCCUUGUCGCCAUCCUGGUUGGUCUGUCCAUAGUCAUAGGUCAGCUGCUCCGUCAGAUCCCCCUGGCUGUGCUGUUUGGGAUUUUCCUCUAUAUGGGGGUCAUGUCACUUAACGGGAUCCAGUUAAGUGAGAGAAUGAUGCUUCUUCUGAUGCCACCAAAGUAUCACCCAGACCACACCUAUGUCCGCAAGGUGCGUACUCUGCGCAUGCACCUGUUCACCUGUAUCCAGCUGGUGUGCCUAGCCGUUCUGUGGGCGGUCAUGUCCACACAAGCCUCCCUGGCCUUUCCCUUUGUCCUCAUCCUCACUGUUCCUGUCAAAAUAUUUGUCCUGGGACGCAUCUUCACUGCUCGAGAGAUUGCAUGUCUGGAUGCAGACGAUGCGGAACCAAAGUUUGAAGAGAAAGACGAGUACUCGGAGAUGCACAUGCCAGUGUAAGCCUCGUGACGCCCUCUAUUGGACUUUAAUUGUCACAACACAGUGCCCAUCAUCACCAUCCCUGACACCUGUUGAAUGUAGAAGGUCAUCUGCUGGAUUCUCCAAAUAAGUCUGUUUUUAUAGCUGUCCGUUAUGUCUGACUGAGCUGUACUGUCACUAGUUUUUGGUAAAAUAUAGUCAAUCAAACAAACAUUUUUAUUCAUAACAUUUCAGGCAAAAUAGUUCCAAGGUCCAGUGACUGAAAAUGAAUAGCUACUGUAUUAAUGUAGAACAUUUUGUGUGUAGUCCUGAAAUGUUGCUCUGAUUCAUAUUGAAUAUACCGAGGAUAUAUGGGAUGCAUUCCUUAGAUAUUCAUAUGCUGGGGUAUUAUUGUGGAAGUACUUUUAUGUUUAGUCACUAAGCGCCUUAUAUCAGUUUGUUUUGAGGUGAACUAAGUGCCUCAUUCAACUUGAACCACCUCUUGAAGCUCUAGCACUUUGAACCACACCAAAUCUGAACUAUGACUUUGUGUUACAGAUUGAUUUUAUCACUGUAGAGUCCUCAGAUCCAUGAGAUUAAUUAAUUUUGCUUUUUGUUGUCUUUGUUUGACUACCUUUGAAUUUUAACCUGCUUUGCUUUUAAUCAGGCCUUGCUUAAGCUUUUAUAUGAAUGUGUGUACUUGUAGUGAAACAGGAUCACCAGCAGAGGGAGAUCUUCUGUUUUAAAGUUGUACUGAACAAUAAUAGCUGGAGUAUUUGGAGUUGUUACACUAAUGCCAUCAUUAUACUUACAGAUACAGACACAUACAACGCAUAGAGCACUAGUAUUACAGAAUAGUUACGUGCCACUCUGUGGUUUAUAUUAUGAUGACAUUAUUUUUGUGCCAAAAGUAUGUCAAUACCUCUGAGGUUAGAACAAGCUGCACAUUGUAGCAGUUAAACAUUCCAUGAUAUUAUUACCAUAGAAUAUUCUAUUAUUUUCAGCUACUACAGUUUGACCAAAUGCCCACUGAAGCUCUUGAGACAAUCUCACUGUUUGAUUGAGAGGAAAGAUUUUAAAUAUCUUGUUUUUAUCUUCUUUCAUGUCACCUGAAAUGAAGUGACAUGGUGUCAGCCUUUGACUGUGUCAAAAUGGACUCCGGGUCUGAUCUUGAUUUUAUUAGUUUAUUGCAUGUCUCACACUUAGCUGUGUGGUGCCUCAGAUGUGCACAGCAUCUCAAGUGCCUGUGGACCAUGCAGUGACCGCUCUCUGCUGUUAGAAGGACAACUCACGUUACAGUAGUAGUUGUAGUAGUUUGCACUUUGUGACCCUCUUUUACCAGUCAUCUCUGGGUUUUAUUUAUCUGUCAUAUUAUGAGGCAUUACUGCUGUUUUAAAGGAUACACAUGUGGCACAUCAUGGCCAUUGACUGAAUUAAGAAGUAUUUAUAUGAAGUAGACUGUAACAAGUGUGCUUAUUGUGCCUGUGAAUGAAAUGAAGGUUGUAUUAAAAAUAAUGAACUGAUAAUCCUAUUUCACUUUAAAUACAAUAAAAUAUCUGCUAAAUAUU